UGGUUUGUUAGCAAUUUGCCAAAUUUGCACUGCACUGUCAGCAUAAAAUGUCUUCUUCUCAAGAGAUCGUUCUUUCUCUCUCUCGUUCUCUCCCUCUCUUUAUUAUUGAGGAAUACGAGAAGCUACUAGCUAUCAUUAACAUCAAGCUACCUCCUAAUCCUUCUCAGCUUCCUAACCAUAGAUUCUGGGACCUGUUCAACGCCCACGCAGCACAGAAGGGAUCAUCAUUAGAGGUUGCUGUUACUUACCUCCACACUAUACUGAACAGGAAUGAGCUGGAAUCGGAAGAUCUUAAAGUAUUUAUUAAGAGUGAUGUUAAAAUUGACGGAAGAGUGAUUGAAGCGUUGCAACGCAUUAAAAAUGAACGCCCUAAGCUUCUUGAUUCAUUGGGAGAUCAGCUGGGAGAGUAUCAAUUGAGUAGAUACCGUUUGGCUGUGACCGUAUUAACUGAACGAGUCCUUAUCCCACCUGAACUACCAUUUCUUAAAAUAUAUGACAUUUUGUUAAAGAAAUGUGGGUCCUAUCCAGCUGCUAUUGCAUUCACAAUCGGAGUCCUCGAGAGAUCAGGCUGGGGUGAUACUAGGAGGUUGAAACCUUUUGCUGAUCGAAGUAUCGAUUUUAAUACACAAUUCUCUGAAGUUGAUCUCUGCCUGACAGUUGCUGAUUACUAUGGCAACAUGAGCGAUAGGGAUUUCAGCAGUGCUAAAGUCUAUACCUCUGCCGUUCACCUCAAGAACCUGAGUGUCUCUAACAAGAAUAGGAUUGAGUUUACGCUGCUGCUGAUGAAGCGUAACGUUAUAAGUGUCGGUAAUGUCUCUAACAUUGAGGAUAAAGUGCGGUAUCCUAUUUUCUUUAAGGAGUACAAGAGAAGAAGUGAAGAUCUGCCUGAGGAACCUGCCCCUGGAAACUUGACAACUCCAGAGCAAGCUACUAAACAAGACACUAACACCUCAACAACAACUGAUCUUUCAUCAACUGAUACAGCAUCUGAAUGUACUAAAGAUACUGAGCAAUCAUCUAUCAAUAAUAUCACAGUUUCCCAUCCCACAACAGCAACAGCUGCUACUAGUUCAGAAACCACUCAAUCAUCAGGAACUACUGCGGCAUUACCUGUUAUACCUGAUGCUGUUCUUGAUUCUGCUCCUCAAAUGAUGAAGGUGGUCAAGUUUCUAAAACCAUUUGAAUCACAAUGGCGUAUGAUAAGAUUAUGCCUUGAAGUAGAUUUAGAUGAAGAUGAGCUAGUUAAAGAAUAUGAUAAGAGUUCCUGUCUAGCAGCAGUACUUAAAGCUUGGCAGAAAAGUAGUCCUGGGUCAGUUCCUUAUACCUGGAGGAGUGUCAUUGAUGUAGCUGAUGCUUUAGGAGAUGAUAAUGCGAAGAGAAAUAUAGAAACAUUUUUAUUAAAACAAUGAUAAUAAAUGAAAUGAUAAUAAAAUAGUGACUUUGUUGUUGUGUGAAAAUUGUGAAUGAAAGUGACCAAUCCUCUUUAA